AUGAUUGUUCUAAAAUGGUUAUUCCUCACAAUUUCUCCUUGUGAUGCAGCGGAACCAUGGCAAUUAGGAUCUCAAGACGCAGCUACACCUAUAAUGCAAGGAAUAAUAGACUUACAUCACGAUAUCUUUUUCUUCCUCAUUCUGAUUUUGGUUUUCGUAUUAUGGAUCUUGGUUCGCGCUUUAUGGCAUUUCCACUAUAAAGAAAAUGCAAUCCCGCAAAGGAUUGUUCAUGGAACUACUAUCGAGAUUCUUCGGACCAUCUUUCCUAGUCUCAUCUCGAUGUUCAUUGCUAUACCAUCAUUUGCUCUCUUAUACUCAAUGGACGAGGUAGUAGUAGAUCCAGCCAUUACUAUCAAAGCUAUUGGACAUCAAUGGUAUUGGACUUAUGAGUAUUCUGACUAUAACAGUUCCGAUGAGCAGUCACUCACUUUUGACAGUUAUAUGAUUCCAGAAGAAGAUCUAGAAUUGGGUCAAUCACGUUUAUUAGAAGUGGACAAUAGAGUGGUUGUACCAGCCAAAACUCAUCUACGUAUUAUUGUAACAUCUGCUGAUGUACCUCAUAGUUGGGCUGUACCUUCCUCAGGUGUCAAAUGUGAUGCUGUACCUGGUCGUUUAAAUCAAAUCUCUAUUUUGGUACAACGAGAAGGAGUUUACUAUGGUCAGUGCAGUGAGAUUUGUGGAACUAAUCAUGCCUUUACGCCUAUCGUCGUAGAAGCUGUUCCUAGUCUCAUCUCGAUGUUCGUUCCUAUACCAUCAUUUGCUGUCGCAGCAAUGGACGCCCCCCUCCUGGUUGAGUCAAUGCUCCCAUCCCCAAAUCGGUCCUCGUCUGAGGAUUCAUUUGGGCUGAGAGUCCUUUGCGAACCAUGGCCUAUUAUCCCCGAUCUGGGAUUAGAGUCUUCCAUUGUAAAUCGAAUUCGAGUACUGGAAGCCGCUAAUUCCCCCUUUCUGCUUGGAAAGGAAAAAGGGGAAUAUUGGGCAGAGAUAAAAGAAUCUCUAAGAAAUUCUUCUUACCAAAGGGAGUAUUAUAGGGGUCUUGAUUUCGAAAAUCGAGAUCUACUAAUACGGGAACGUAAACACUCAUGUUAUGAAGUGUUUCGGGAAAUCCUUUUAAGGAACCCUUCUUUGGAAGAAGCGGCGGCCUACCCUCCUCAAGAAAACUUUAUUUCCUUCUUGAACGAGAAGCGGGACGCCCUAGACGUUUCCCACCCCGGGCACAGCCCGGCGGAAGUAGACCGUCUGGAGAUCUUAUUUCUAAAGGAGGUGGAAAAAGACCUUGUCAAAAAUGGGAGCGGAUCGAUCCAUAUCAUUGGAAAUUUGAAUUGA